UUGAACGCGGCUCGACUCUCCUCCUCUUCCCGUCUGUAAGUUUCACUUUCACUCUCGUUGUGUCGCAGUUUCUCUCCCUUCAGACGAAAAAAGAUGAGCGCUUUGCUAUCCAGCUAUGAAUCAGUGUGAGGAGACGGAGGAGGGAGUCCCUCCCUCUAAAAGCACUCUGUGGGGGGAACAUGGCAGCCAGACCAAAGCUCAAAGCCCAGAGAAGCAGCAGAGACCAGACUCUCCUGUUCCCAGCUGUGUGUCCAUGAAGAGCCACCAGUCCAUAAUCGAACCUUAUAACUUCAAAGGGGGACGGCACUCUGAUGAAGACAGGGUUCAUCAGCAGAGACCAGACUCUCCUGGACCCAGCUGUGUGUCCAUGAAGAGUGACCAGUCCAUAAUUGAACCUUAUAACUUCAGAGAUGGACAGCACUCUGCUGAAGAAAGGGUUCAUCAGCAGAGACCAGACUCUCCUGUUCCCAGCUGUGUGUCCAUGAAGAGUGACCAGUCCAUAAUUGAACCUUAUAACUUCAAAGGGGGACGGCACUCUGAUGAAGACAGAGUCCAGAGGGUUCCUGGUGGUCAGUCUGUCCAGCAGCAUCCUACAGACCUGGACUCCAUAUUUAUGCAUCUGGAGGAAAACAUUUUAACUUUUAUGAAGAACGAGUUGAAGAAGGCCCAGAAGGUUCUGAGUACAAAUUACCCAGAAUGCUUGGAGAGACACAGUGAGGAUAAGGAGGCAGUGGACGGUGAGGAGAAAGAGCAGAGGAGAAUCAGCAGAGAGGCAUUUCUGAAGAUCACACUGCACUUCCUGAGGAGAAUGAAGCAGGAUGAGCUGGCUGAUCGUCUGCAGAGCAGAACUGUUGCUGCAGUUUGUCGACUUAAACUCAAGUCUCACCUACAGAAGAAGUGUCAGUCUGUGUUUGAGGGGAUUGCUAAAGCAGGAAACCCAACCCUUCUGAACCAGAUCUACACAGAGCUCUACAUCACAGAGGGAGGGACUGCAUAUGUCAAUGAAGAACAUGAGGUCAGACAGAUUGAAACAGCAUCCAGGAAACCAGACAGACCAGAAACAACCAUCAGACAAGAAGACAUCUUUAAAGCCUCACCUGGAAGAGAUGAACCAAUCAGAACAGUGAUGACAAAGGGAGUGGCUGGCAUUGGGAAAACAGUCUUAACACAGAAGUUCACUCUGGACUGGGCUGAAGACAAAGCCAACCAGGACAUACAGUUCACAUUUCCAUUCACUUUCAGAGAGCUGAAUGUGCUGAAAGAGAAAAAGUACAGCUUGGUGGAACUUGUUCAUCACUUCUUUCCUGAAACCAAAGAAGCAGGAAUCUGCAGCUUUGAAGAGUUCCAGGUUGUGUUCAUCUUUGACGGUCUGGAUGAGUGUCGACUUCCUCUGGACUUCCACAACAAUGAGGUCCUGACUGAUGUUACAGAGUCCACCUCAGUGGAUGUGCUGCUGACAAACCUCAUCAGGGGGAACCUGCUUCCCUCUGCUCGCCUCUGGAUAACCACACGACCUGCAGCAGCCAAUCAGAUCCCUCCUGAGUGUGUUGACGUGGUGACAGAGGUCAGAGGGUUCACUGACCCACAGAAGGAGGAGUACUUCAGGAAGAGAUUCAGAGAUGAGGAGCAGGCCAGCAGAAUCAUCUCCCACAUCAAGACAUCACGAAGCCUCCACAUCAUGUGCCACAUCCCAGUCUUCUGCUGGAUCACUGCUACAGUUCUGGAGGAGGUGUUGAAGACCAGAGAGGGAGGAGAGCUGCCCAAGACCCUGACUGAGAUGUACAUCCACUUCCUGGUAGUUCAGUCCAAACAGAAGAACAUCAAGUAUGAUGGAGGAGCUGAGACAGAUCCACACUGGAGUCCAGAGAGCAGGAAGAUGAUUGAGUCUCUGGGAAAACUGGCUUUUGAGCAGCUGCAGAAAGGCAACCUGAUCUUCUUUGAAUUAGACCUGACAGAGUGUGGCAUCGAUGUCAGAGCAGCCUCAGUGUACUCAGGAGUGUUCACACAGAUCUUUAAAGAGGAGAGAGGGCUGUACCAGGACAAGGUGUACUGCUUCGUCCAUCUGAGCGUUCAGGAGUUUCUGGCUGCUCUUUAUGUCCAUCUGACCUUGAACUCUGGUGUCAAUCUGCUGGCAGAAGAACAACCAACCUCCUGGCGGUGGUGGCGGUUUGGAAACAAAUCUCAACCAACACUUCUCUACCAGAGUGCUGUGGACCAGGCCUUACAGAGUACAAAUGGACACCUGGACUUGUUCCUUCGCUUCCUCCUGGGUCUUUCUCUGAAGACCAAUCAGACUCUCCUACGAGGCCUGUUGACACACACAGGAAGCAUAUCAGAGACCAGUCAGGAAACAGUUGAGUACAUCAAAGAGAAGAUAAGCGAGAAUCUGUCUACAGAGAAAAGCAUCAAUCUCUUCCACUGUCUGAAUGAACUGAAGGACCGUUCUCUAGUGGAGCAGAUCCAACAGUUCCUGAGUUCAGGAAGUCUCUCCACAGAUAAACUGUCUCCAUCUCAGUGGUCAGCUCUGGUCUUCAUCUUACUGUCAUCAGAAAAAGAUCUGGAUGUGUUUGACCUGAAGAAAUACUCUGCUUCAGAGGAGGCUCUUCUGAGGCUGCUGCCAGUGGUCAAAGCCUCCAACAAAGCUCUGCUGAGUUGCUGUAAUCUGUCGGAGAGAAGCUGUGAAGCUCUGUCCUCAGUUCUCAGCUCCCAGUCUUCUAGUCUGACAGAGCUAGACCUGAGUAACAACGACCUGCAGGAUUCAGGACUGAAGCUACUCUCUGCUGGACUGGAAAGUCCCCAUUGUAAACUGGAGACUCUCAGGCUGUCAGGCUGUCUGAUCACAGAGGAAGGCUGUGCUUCUCUGGCCUCAGCUCUGAGGUCCAACCCCUCCCAUCUUAGAGAGCUGGACCUGAGCUACAAUCAUCCAGGAAACACAGGGGUAAAGCAGCUAUCUACUGGACUGGAGGAUCCACACCGGAGAUUGGAAACUCUCAGGGUGGAACAUGCUGGAGAGCAGUGGCUGAAACCUGGUCUGAGGAAGUAUUUUUGUGAACUCACACUGGACACAAACACAGUAAACAGAUACUUGAAACUGUCUGACAACAACAGGGAGGUGACGGCAGUGACAGAGGAGCAGCCAUAUCCUCCUCAUCCAGAGAGGUUUGAAUGUCCACAGCUGCUGUGUAGAGAUGGUCUCACUGGUCGCUGUUACUGGGAGGUCGAGUGGAGAGGAAGGGUUUAUAUAUCAGUGACUUACAGAGGAAUCAAAAGAAGUGGAGGCAGUGAUGACUGCAGGUUUGGACGGAAUAAUCAGUCCUGGAGUCUGAGGUGCUCUGAUGUUGAUGGUUACUCUGCCUGGCACAAUAAUGGAAGAACAGUCCUCUCCUCCUCUGUCUCUAACAGAGUAGCAGUGUAUGUGGACUGUCCUGCUGGCACUCUGUCCUUUUACAGUGUCUCCUCUGGCACACUGAUCCACCUCCACACCUUCAGCACCACAUUCACUGAACCUCUGUAUGCUGGGUUUGAGUUUGGGUUGUGGCCUGAUUCAUUUAUGUCUCUGUGUUCACUGUAAGAGGGAGAGUCUCCUCCUGUGUAGAGAAACACUCACACUGCUGAAAACACACACACACACACACAAUCUUUGUGUAAGUCAUACUAACUCAAAAUAUCUGGACUGUAUAUGGACCAGAAGUAAUCAGCUUAAUAGAUGUGCUGAGAUUGUGAGCCACCCGCUGGAAGGAUAACAGGUAUGAGGCGUGAAGUGAUAAAAGAAUAGGCAGUUAGGAAGCGGAAGGUUAAGUCGAAAAGAUGAGAUUUGGGUUUUGAUUUAAAGACAGUCAGACUGUGUAAUGUUAGCAGAUUAUGCCAGAGAAAAUGGGCACGAUAGGAAAAGGCAGCCAGCUGACUUCUGAUAACCUCUGGGGUCAGACAGACAGGCCUGUAUUCUGAGCACAGGAUGAGAUAUAAGGAGACAGGUAUGAAGGGGCAGGCCCAUUUAAUAUUUUGUGAGUCAUCAGAAGCACAGAGGUUGAUCUUACAUGAAUAGGCAGCCAAUGGAGGUAAGGUGGAAUUGGUCAGAUUUUUGUAGCUUAGUUGAGAUACGAGCUGCAGCAUUCUGAACCAUUAGAAAACUUUUAGUCAAGUCUGUAAUACGAUAUUUUUUGAGCAGGUCAUUUUCAUAUUUCAAAAGCAGGAUGUCUUACAAAGCAUUGUUUAUUGAACCCCGGCCAUUGAGACUGGCAACGGCAUACAACAUUAGGAAAAGGUCUUGGUGAUGUCUUGAAUGUGCUGACCACAGAGAGGAAAGGAUUGAACACAACAGAGAUUCUGGGCUGUCAAACUUUUAAGACAUCACACCGGUUUUGUAAGUCACUGUUGCUUAAUCAAACUUAUGUUUAUGUCGAGUAGGGCCACGACAGAUGAGCAAAGGGGUUUGUGUGCUUUUAGAGAGGUGUAUGCAGGUGUGCCUUCACUAAAUACAAUGAUGAAAAUAUCAGCUGCUGGCCUGCUCUGAGCAGUGAAGUUGCAUUGAUGUUAUUGGCUACAUAUGACAAUGGAUCGGAGACACAAGACAGCUGUUAAUAUUUUAACUUGUACAUAAUCAGUAUUUUGUAUACUCAAAACCAGAAGGUUUAUUCCUUAUGUAUUUAUUCAGAAAUGUAUAAAACCUCCCAUUUACAAAGGCCUUGUCUCAUCAUCCAAAUAAAUAAAUGUUUUAAAAACACA